CUUCCUGUUUUGAUUCUUGGAGCUGAAUCGUCGAUCAGAUUCAUCACAGACGUGUUCAAUCCUUCAAAAUCUCUCGGUAAACCCUAGAUUCCCGAAUCGAAGAUGGUGUUGAUCGAAUCAAAUGAAAGCGAAGAAGAGAUCCUCGUGAAGGAGGAACCAAAGAAAUCGUGCUCGUCUUCAUCGCAACGCGAAACAUCGACGACGACUACGGAGGCGAAACAUGUCGGCGGAGAUGAUUCCGAUGGGUUCGAGACGGCCAGCGAAAGGGAAAUGAGUGAUAAUGAAGGAGAAGAAGGUGAGAGGAAAAACGAAGCCGAAAUGGGCGAGCAAUUACAGCAGUCGGAGAAGCCUGAGGAGAAGGAAGGGCAUGAGGAACAAGGGAAAGUAGAAGUGGGCUCCAGUGAAGAAACAUCGAAACAGGAAACUUUGGCAGAAGCAAAUGAAGCUAAAGCAGAAGGGAAUAAGCUGUUCGGAAAUGGCCUUUACGAGGAAGCUCUAUCAAAAUAUGAGCUUUCUUUACAACUGGUGCAGGAGUUGCCGGAAUCUGUAGAGCUUCGUUCUAUAUGCCAUUCCAACAGAGCUAUAUGCUUUCUCAAAUUGGGUAAAUUUGAAGAAACGAUCAAGGAAUGCACAAAAGCAUUAGAGCUAAAUCCUAAUUAUGUGAAAGCUUUGACUCGAAGAGCCGAGGCCCAUGAGAAGCUUGAACACUUUGAAGAGGCCAUAACCGAUUUGAAGAAGAUAAUUGAACUGGAUCCUUCUAACGACCAGGCAAGAAGAGGGAUUCGCCGCCUUGAACCCAUGGCUGCUGAAAAACGGGAAAAGAUGAAAGAUGAGGCAAUAGCGAAGCUGAAAGAGAUGGGAAACACGAUAUUGGGUAAAUUCGGGAUGAGUGUAGACAACUUCAAGGCAGUUAAAGACCCGAACACCGGCUCCUACUCCAUUUCAUUCCAAAACUGAUCAAGAAGAAAGACAGAGAUCACAAUCACAUUCUAUGUUUUGUUGGUUGUUCUUCUUUAUCUGCAAGUUGUCAUACUCUCUGUUAAAGCAUCACCACAGUUUCUUUUGUUUCUUGGUAUGGUAAUGCAGCUGCAAGUGUUUCUUUGCAUA